AUGUUUAGGUUCCCAUCAAAGGUUGGCGCGUCCAUCAGUUGCUACACCUGUAGUUCCCGUAAUAAUUCCGAUUCUUACUGUGCGGACCCUUUCCACCCAGCCAUGUCUAAAUACAUAGAGAAUUGCAAGGUUCCCAAACAGAAUCACAUUGGUGUAUUUCCCGCACGAUUCUGCGUUAAAGUUAUCGGCAAAACAGUUACGAACGGAGAGGAACUGGUGAUAAGGGCCUGUUCUCUGGAGAAUAUGGACAACCAGUGCGGAAACUUUAAGUUUGAAAAGGACACUCUUAAAGGUAGGCCUUCCAGUGAGAAGUUAGUCCUCGUCCAUAGGCUCCGGUUGGUCCGAAUGGCUGACAGUGUCGUCCAUUUUACUACAAUCAGCGCUUACGCCACUAUUCUUGUCACUUAA